AUGAAGACAGGUGAUAGUAAUAGUGAAGAAUUAACUCUGAUUAACUCAGAUGCAGGUUUUAGAUUGUGCAGAAAACGAUGGCUCAUGUUAACUAUAUUCAUUGCAUUUUCGGCUUCAGUUUCUUACUUGUGGUUGCAGUAUGCAUCAAUUUCUGACAUAGUAGCUUCUUACUACGGCGUUUCAACGACCACAGUUGAUAUGCUUGGUACUUUGUAUUAUCUUAUGUACGCUCUUGCAAUCAUACCUAUAACUUGGCUUACUGAAAAGGCAAAUUUAAAAACCGUUCUUCUAGUUGGUGUGAGUUCACAGUUCGUCGGGACGUGGGUUAGUUUUAUUGGGACGUCAACACAAUCGAUACAACUAAAUUUCGUCGGUCAGCUUUUAAGCGCAGUGGCAUUACCAUGUACAUUUGGAAUGUCAUCGCAAAUGGCAGGAACCUGGUUUGGUAUUAACGAGGUAUCACUAGCAAGUGGACUUGGAUUUGCUGGAUGUGAAGUUGGUGUUGGCUUAGCUUUCAUCAUUCCACCAUUGGCGGUACAAAGUGGCUUGGAUAUUGAUAAACAAAUAAAAGACUUGUUCCUGUACACGGCUAUUGUGAUGUCAUUUUUUCUUCCAUUAACUGUAUUCGUGUUUGAAGCCAAGCCACCACUGCCGCCAAGUAGGUCGAGGAUGAAUGUCAUCAAGGCAGGAAAAAAUGAGAACUAUUUACAAUCAAUAAAAGCUGUUUUACGGAACAGAAACUAUGUGUUUUUUUUCAUUUCAUUUG